CCCAGCAGACAACAAUAACGUCAUGUGUUUUCACCUGUAGGGAGGAAACCUUAAAGCCUUCAUUAGUCACUUCAGGUGAGCGGUCACAGGAAGAUGAAGUCCAGGAUUAUACUCUUCAUUCUUGCGGCUGUUGUCGCUCUGACUUCAGGCUCAAUGGUCGGAGGCGUCACAGAAAUAAGCAUGAAAGAUGUGGGAGCUCGGAAAGCUCUGCAGGCAGCUGUGGAACAACACAACAGGCAGAGCAACAACAUGUGCCUCACCACGGUGCAGCAGGUGAUCAAAGUGGAGAGUCAGGUGGUGGAGGGCCUUCUGUACAGAAUAAAAGUGAUCAUGGCCAGCACCUCCUGCAGGAAUCCCACUACAGCUGUACAGUGUGCCAUCAAUGAGGACCCAGAAAAGGCUCAGCUGUUUGAGUGCACAUUCGAAGUGUGGGUCCGCGAGUGGAUGACCCCUGACCCCAUAACGGUGCAGCAUACAUCGUGCUCGUAAGAGGACUGCAUGGGAAGAGAUUCUGUGCUCUGAGUUUUUUUUUCAGAAUCACCUUCAAACAGAGAACUUCUUAUUCCUUUAAACUGUAUCUUAGUUUUGAUCAUGUUGAAUAAGGUCAAUGCUGCAGAUGUUGAAAUAUCCUGUGCAUUGUGACAGAAGAAACUUUGUAAUGUUUAAUCAUUAAAACAACCACAUAACAAUAAACUGGGCUGAACUUAUGAGGUAA